CUUUGGUUCCUACAACCACGCCGCGACAGCUAUGAGCAGGUCAUCAUGGAGGACGUCACCAGUGCCCUGAAGGAUCUCAAAUUAGACCAGGUCCCAGUGUACCUCCUAAAGACCAAAUCCUUCCCCAAUGACGCCUACGAGGAGUACUUCGACCAACUCGACAAUGGGAAAUACAAGCCCGUCUUCGUGCCUGUUCUAGAGCACAUCCUCCGGGACGACACGCUAAGGACCAUCCGACGUGCAACAGAACGAUACGCCUUCGCCGGGGGAAGCGAAGCGACAGCGCGACAGAAAGCCUGCAACAACCCCGCCAAGAAAUAUGGCGGGCUCGUCUUCACCUCCCAGAGAGCUGUCGAUGCUUUUGCAACCAUGGUCGCCAAGCUCGAUCCGAGCAAGACGCAUUGGCUUUUCGACAGCCAGAUGCCUAUUUAUGUGGUUGGUCCAGCGACUGCCAAUGGCGUGAGGGCUCUCGGCUUGUCGUGUCCGGUUGUCGGAGAGCAGGCGGGGAAUGGCGAGGCUCUGGCGAAGUUCAUUCUCGAAUGGCAUGCUACGCUGUCAAAGGAGGUGACGCACCUUGACGGUCAGAAAUUGCCUUUGCUCUUUCUUGUGGGCGAGCAGCGACGGGAUAUCAUCCCUGCGACUCUGCAGUCGGAAGAGCUUGCGCCUCAGGACCGCAUUCCUAUUGUGGAGGUCGUGGUUUACGAAACGGGCGAGAUGGCCACCUUUGAAGAAGACUUUACUACUCUCCUCAGACAGGCUAAGGCGGCGAAAGUCAAGGAACAGUGGGUCGUGGUCUUUUCCCCGCAAGGCUGCGAGGCCAUGUUGAAUGGCUUGGGCUGGUUGGAUGAGAAGACGGGGAAAUUCAGUUCGGAGAGACGGAGUGUUACGAGUGGACCGCUCAGAACGAACAUUGCCACGAUUGGGCCGACUACGAGAGAUUCUCUCUUGACGGAAUUUGCUUUUCAGCCGGAUGUCUCCGCCGCCACACCUACUCCAGAGGGGCUUGGAGCGGCAAUGCAGGGGCUUGCACAGACCUGAUUGCUCAUCGCGUGGCAGGAAAUAUCACGAUUGCAUUUGAUCUGCCUAGUCUGCUGUGAUCCGCACGUUCCAGAGCGAGAUGCUAUAUAUGUUUGUAGGCAUUAGAUACCCAUCAUUGGCAGACCUCGAGACAUGGUAGUUCUUGGUCCAGUUCAACCGCAUGCUCAAUUCGCGUCGC